GUAUUUGAACCGAAAGGCUUGGACGUACAUUUUUGCGCAGCCUCCAUAUUGCGCUGAAAGGCUCUGGAACUUUAACCGAUGCACCGACUCAUUGCUGUGUUCCACGACUGAUUUAUUUGGUAUUAUUUGUUCCACCCUUGACCCAGAAAUAAGGGUACUUAAACCGUCUCACUCAUGCUUUGUUCUUGUUCAUCGACCUCGACAACGUUCUUCCACGCCAGCCUUUUCUUACAUUAGACAACCUGAUUACUUUGGACUAUUCACAAUGUGCGGCAUCUUUGGCUACUGCAACUUCUUGAAAGAAAAGGACCGUAAAGAGAUUUUGGAGAUUCUUUGCACCGGUCUAGCUCGUCAAGAGUACCGUGGUUAUGAUUCUGCAGGUCUCGGUAUCGAUGGCGACAAGCCAGGCGAAAUCGUUUUUUUCAAAGAGGUUGGCAAGGUGGCCGGCUUACGGCAGCGUAUCGCGGAAUCCAGCAUCGAUACCACCAAGACAGUAAUAUCCCAGGUCUCUAUUGCCCACACCCGUUGGGCAACACACGGUCCUCCCUCCGUUGUCAAUUGCCAUCCCCUUCGCUCCGAUGUGAACAACGAGUUCAUCGUCGUACACAACGGUAUCGUGACUAACGCUACAGCCCUUCGACAAGUCUUGCAGAAACGUGGCUUCAAGUUCGAGUCGGACACUGACACGGAGGCGGUCGCCAUUCUAACAAAAUACGUCUACGACUCGCGGCCUGACAAGCGCAUGACCUUCACAGCUCUUGUGAAGACCGUCUUGAAAGAGCUCGAGGGUUCUUUCGCCUUGGUCGUUAAAUCUAUCCACUUCCCCAAUGAGAUCGUGACUGCUCGUCGCGGUUCGCCUCUCUUGAUUGGUGUCAAGACUGAGAAGAAACUCAAAGUCGACUUCUUGGAUGUUGAGUUUGCUGGAGCGGAAGCCGACACCAAAGCCCCCGAAAGCCUUGUCGUUCCCACUUCCCCCACUUCUCGAUUGGCUCCACCGUCAAUGCCCAAGGUUUCUCGUCGCCGGUCACGCAACUUCAUGUCCGAGGAUGGCAUGCCCCAACCCAUCGAAUUCUUCAUUGCCUCUGACGCUGCCGCCAUUGUGGAGCACACCAAGCGCGUGCUCUACUUGGAAGACGAUGACAUUGCUCAUAUCAGUGAGGGUCAACUACACAUUCACCGUCUGCGCCGGGAUGAGUCUGGCAAGGCUGAAACACCUGCCAUUCGUAACAUCGAGACGCUCGAGAUUGAAAUUGCCGAGAUCAUGAAGGGCAAGUUCGAUCACUUCAUGCAGAAAGAGAUCUAUGAACAACCCGAAUCCGUCGUCAACACGAUGCGUGGACGCGUGAACUUCGAUGACUAUAAGAUCACGCUCGGUGGGCUGCGUGCCUAUCUGCACAUUAUGCGCCGUGGCCGCCGUAUUGUAUUUUGUGCUUGCGGAACGAGUUAUCACUCUGCGUUGGCAACUCGUGCGAUCUUCGAGGAGUUGACAGAAAUUCCUGUCAGUGUAGAACUUGCAUCCGACUUCCUGGACAGAAAAACUCCUAUUUUCCGUGAUGACAUCUGUGUCUUUGUCAGUCAGAGUGGAGAAACUGCUGAUACGAUCCUGGCAUUGCGGUACUGUUUGGAGCGUGGCGCACUUUGUGUUGGGGUCGUCAAUACUGUCGGUUCGACGAUCUCACGUGAAACACACUGUGGUAUUCACAUCAAUGCUGGCCCUGAGGUUGGCGUUGCGUCUACCAAGGCAUACACCUCCCAGUACAUUGCACUGAUGUUGAUGGCGCUGCAGCUAUCAGAGGAUAGGAUCUCCUUCACUGAACGCCGCAACCAGAUCAUCGACGGCCUUCGUGCUCUCCCUGCACAAAUUAAGAGUGUUCUCGAAAAUGACAAGAGCCUGCGGGAGCUUGCCAAUAGCCUCCUUGCAAACUCGCGUAGCUUGUUGCUGAUGGGCCGUGGAUAUCAGCACGCCACUUGCCUUGAGGGCGCCCUCAAGAUCAAAGAGAUUAGCUAUAUGCAUUCGGAGGGUAUCCUUGCAGGAGAGCUCAAGCACGGUCCCUUGGCGUUGAUCGACGAGAACAUGCCAGUCAUCAUCAUCAUGACCCAGGAUUCGCUAUACCCGAAGGUCCAGUCCGCCUUCGAACAGAUAACCGCUCGCAAAGCUCACCCCAUUGUGGUCUGCAAUGAGGGCGAUACCGGAAUCAAGGCUGGGGUGAAGACCAUUCGCGUUCCUCGCACUGUCGACUGCUUGCAAGGUCUCUUGAACAUUAUUCCCAUGCAGCUGUUGAGCUACCACUUGGCCAUCAAGAACGGGUUUGACGUCGACUUCCCGCGUAACUUGUGAGUUUCUGAGUUGUAUCUUGGUGUUCAAAGCUCACUUCGUCCUGCAGAGCCAAGUCGGUCACGACCGAGUAAAUGACCAGCCUUAACUUCAGAAGGCGACAUGCC